AUGGAUGUCAGUAAUGAAACUGCUCCAUCAGAAUUCAUUCUUCUGGCAUUUUCAAAUCUCAGUGAAUGGCGUUUCCUUUUUCUUGGAUUCAUGCUCAUGAUCUAUCUUUUUAUACUCAUGGGGAAUUUUCUGAUCAUCUUCCUUAUCUCCUUGGAACCAAAUCUUCAAACUCCCAUGUACUUCUUCCUGGGCAACCUUUCUGUUCUGGACAUCUGCCAGACUACAACCACUAUUCCUCAGAUAAUUGUGCACCUAAUCUCAGGAAGAAGCACCAUCUCUAAUGAAAGAUGCAAGAUGCAACUCUUUUUUGUUGUUUUUUUCAUUGGCACUGAGACAAUCCUGUUGGCUGUCAUGUCUUAUGAUCGCUAUGUAGCCAUUUGCAACCCACUCCGCUACCAUGUGGUCAUGAAUCAGAAAAUUUGUGCCCAGUUGGUGUCAACGACUUGGUUGACAAGUUCACUCAAUGCCACUGUACACAUUAUUUUCACAUUUCGCUUGUCGUUUUGUGGUGUCCAUGAGAUCAAUUACUUCUACUGUGACAUUCCUCCUCUUGUAGCUAUCUCCUGUGGGGACAUAUCGGGAAGCAUUAUUGCAAUGCUGGCCACUAGCCCUGUAAUGGGCUUUGGACCAGCCAUGUGCAUCAUUAUUUCCUACAUUCACAUUAUCUGGAGGAUUCUGAAAAUGAACUCCUCAGCUGGGAUGAAGAAAGCCUUUUCUACCUGUGCUUCUCAUCUCACUGUUGUCUUGCUCUUCUUUGGUAGCUGCCUUUUUUCAUAUGUCCGGCCCAUCUCCAGCUACUCACUCAAUAAGGACAGGAUGAUUGCCCUACUGAACAACAUUCUCUCCCCUAUGUUAAACCCACUGAUCUAUACCCUCAGGAACAAGGAUGUAAAGGAGGCCCUGCAAAAAAUGAUGGUGAAGAAAUUGCUUUCCUGA